AACGAAAAGUAUCGAGUAUGUACUUGUAUCUUUUCAUCCCUAGUUCCAAAUAACGACUGGAGAGUGAAAUAGUAGUAAUUCUUAUAAUGAAUCCUGAAAAACUAAGUAAUUCGUCCAAGAUUCGGCAAAAUGUUAAGACGGCGACAGACUUGCAAAGAAUGAAGCUGGAAAAACUAAUGAUGAAUCCCGUAUGUUGUAGAAAAGUUGGAUUUGUAUUUCCGAAAUUCAACUAUGUGAAAUUCUCGCCUUUAUUCAGAACCCUCUCUAAGUUAAAUGAGCUCUUAUUUGGAAAUAACAAGCCAGUAAUCGUGCCAACGCUUCAAAAGGAAAAGGAUUAUAAUCAGACAGUACCAAAUUUUGUCCGUAAUGUUAUGGGAUCCAGUGCUGGUGCAGGUUCAGGGGAGUUUCACGUUUACCGCCAUUUACGAAGGAAAGAAUACUCCCGACAAAAAAAUAUGCAGACAAUGAGUAUUAAAGAGCACCACGAUAACGAAUUCCAAAAAAAAAUCGAACACAAUCGGCAGGUCGCAGAAGCAAAGACUGCUAAAAAAAGGGCGAAACGCCUAAAAAAAAAACAACGGAACAGAAUAAAAUGCAAUGAGACGGGAAAAUUUGAAAAAGAUGACCAUCACUUGCUAAACAACUAAAUAGUGUUAUAUUAUUUCGUGUUAUUAUUAUAUAUGUAUGUAAGUAUUUCAAUAAAAAUGUGUGAUUGCAGAGAAUUUUCCAUCACUUCUCAUACUCCGAACUGUUUUUACGACACGAUAAAAAUGGCAUCUACAGUAUUUACGCUGCGUCGCUUCGGAGUUACCUAUUGUUAUCACCAGGAAUGGAUGUUUAGGACCUAAAGACCUAUAAAAGAGGCAAAAUAAAAUAACGAAAUAGGCUGGAAAGGG